AUGUGGAAUGACGAAGAAGACAACAACCCUUACGGGACCAGCUUCGACCGUCGGGACUCGCAAACGUCAUCCUCGGUGAACCCGACUUCUCCGACGUCCCGCGACUUCAACUCUUACGAAUCUGCCGCAACACCAUCCGCGAGCGACGAUGAGACCCCGGCCUUUGGCCACGGCACCGUCACUGGUGGCCCCGAUACCGCGGAUACCACGCAGGAUGAUGCGCCUCCUAAGCGCAAGCCAGGCGGUUAUACUAGUCGCAUCGAGCAGAUUCUCUAUGAGAACCCAAAUAUGCAAAUCAUUAUAACAGACGCUGGCAAGAGCCUCGAAAGCGGUGGCCGACACAUUGUCUAUACCAUUCGCACCGGGGACCUUGAAGUUCGCCGAAGAUACUCGGAAUUCGCUUCGCUGCGAGACGCCCUCACGCGUCUGCAUCCCACUCUCGUAAUCCCACCGAUCCCCGAAAAGCACACCAUGGCGGAUUAUGCGGCGCAUCCUACCAGCGCAAAGCAGGACCAGCAGAUUAUCGAUCUCCGCAAGCGCAUGCUUGCAGUCUUUUUGAAUCGCUGCCGCCGCAUGGAACAGGUCCGUAGCGAUGGCGUUUGGCAGAGAUUUCUUGAUCCGAAUGCAAGCUGGAGCGAGGUACUAAACUCUCAUCCUAUUUCAUCCAUCCCCAAAAAUGUCCUGAAAGCACCUCCUCUGGAUACCGCGAACCCUACUGCUGGGCACCUCUAUCUUCCCGUCCCCGCGUCUUCUGCUAAGAUUCGAACCGCGUCUGGUGGAAGCUCUUCUUUGAGUUCAUCUGUUAUCCAAGGCGGUGCCAACACGAUUGGACGAUUUCCCAACGACACCACGAACCUCAGCGAGCACGACCUUGAUCCCUACUUCACCACAUACGAAGCUUCCAUCAAAGAGCUCGAGACUCUGUUGACAGGUCCAAUGGAAAAAGUCAACCGCCGGACCCUAAGCCACCUUUCUUCCUUGGCCACGGACCUUUGCGAACUGGGCUCUAGAUACAACGCAUUUGCCCUUUCUGAACAGGCCCCUUCCCUUGGGCCCGCGAUCGAGAAGAUUGGCCAGGCUGCCGACUCCUCCUACAUUGCUACAGAGGAACUUGCUAGCUCUCUUGGCGCUAGCUUCGCCGAGCCCAUGAGAGAAAACGCCCAGUUCGCUGGUGUUGUCCGAAGUGUUGUUCGGUAUCGGGUACUGAAGCGCGUGCAGCAGGACUUGACAGAAGAGGAGCUGGAGAAGAAGAGAACACUUCUCGAUCAGCUGGAGCGCAGCGAAUCUGAGGCUCGCCGUAUCGAGCAAUAUCUUUCCAGUAGCCAACAGCUUUCUUCACCUCCGCGACGGUCUACUAGCCUCCGAGAAACCCCAACAUACCAGAGACGUGAGGGUAACCAGGAGGAUACGGAAUCUAUCGAUUCUGAUUUCCCACCAACCCAUGGUGACUUUCCAUCAAGCCCCCCAGAGGCUGGCCAGGGCGUACCCGAGAGAAGCACCAGUGUUUCACACAAGAAGAUGCCCAGCAGCAACUCGAUUACCAACAGAAUCUUUGGUCCUCUUCGUCAUGCUGUGCAAGGCGUGGUCGAUGUCGAUCCUGAGCGCACGCGUCGUGACACGAUUGGAAAGACUAGAGAGUCUAUCGGCCAGCUUGAGCAAGCUCAGGUCGUUUCCGAGAAGGAUGUCAAAGAUGCGAGCACCAGCGUCUUUAAGGAUUUGCGAAGAUUCCAAAACGACAAGGAGGAAGACUUGCGCCGCUACAUGCUUGCCUAUGCUAAGAGUCAGGUAGAGUGGGCUAAGAAGAGCAAACAACAGUGGGAGGAAGCGCGACUCGAGGUCGAUAAGAUUGAUGAAAGUUAA